AUGGAAGCGGAGGAUCGCAACGGUUUCGUUGAUUUAUUCUCAAGAAUUUCGGUUGAUGUUGGUUUGGUAGGCAACGUCCUCGACAAUAAUAAUAUUCAAGGAAUUCCGAGCAUUAUUGGAAACAAUGACGUGGCUGGUUCGGACGUUAAUUCCGACCACAUGGCUAACCAUGGAAGGGUCACGUCCCUGCCGCGCGCUCACCGUCCGCGGGCGCCUAUCAUGAAUAUUCCUCCAGUCACGGCCCCACUGGCACCGUUAAGGCCCGCGCCGCCCGUUACUCUGACCGUUCCCCGGCCCGAAAAUGAACGCGCCACCAACGAGUACGUCGAGACGCCGUUCAAGACGUCGCCGCCGCCGGCGGCGCCUCUCACUCCAUCGCCGCCGCCCCAUCCGGCCCGCGGCCUCCACCGGCCCACGCGGCUCGUGCUGCCCACCAUCAGCAAGCAACCGGCCACCUUCAGCAAGGAGCCGCCGCCCGAAUGCGCGACCACGCCAUCCAUCAUGUGCCCCGAAUGCGGCAGGUGCCGCUGCGAGUCCUGCCAGCAGCCGCGGCCGCUGCCGCAGAAAUGGGUCUGCAACAAUGCCUGUCUCAUAUCCGCCGAUAGUGUCAUCGACUACGCGAGCUGUUUGUGUUGUGUCAAAGGACUGUUUUACCAUUGCAGCGAUACGGACGGCGGGGAGAGUUGUGCGGACGAUCCGUGCGGGUGCGGUCCCGAACGGAGGGCGGCUAGAUGGAGCUGCCUGGCCACCCUGUCGUGCGUGCUGCCCUGCUUGUGGCUGUAUUGGCCCCUGCAAGGGUGCAAGCGAGCGGUCGAGGCUUGUUAUGCCCGCCAUUCGAGGACUGGUUGCAGGUGCAGGCCGCCUCUGCCCACCCCCGAGAAAAGAUUGCUGGACUCGAGUUCGGAUUUUUAG